GGUAGUCUCGGGGAGUGUCCUUUCAGGUUGCGGAUAUUAUCAGACAUUUAAGGAGAAACCGUCGAAGAAAGACCAUCAAACAGAAGCAAAGUAGCGAUGGUCAAGUACGCAGACAUGGAUUUAACUCGGAUAUUGCCGUUCCUGUUUGUUUUCUGCUGUUUUUCUGCUUCUCAUGGCGCAGCAGGUAAUCCUUCUUCACGAGGCUUUUUUGGGGUUACAGACCCUACAAACCAGGAUCAAAUAAUUAUUGAUCAAGCUGCAUCAGACACACUAAAGGGCAGUCUGACCACCGUCUUCAUUCCCAUCGUCUACAUCAUCGUUUUUGCAGUGGGACUUCCUGCAAAUGGAAUGGCCAUCUGGGUCUUCCUGUUUCGGACCAAGAAGAAGCACCCAUCAUCCAUCUACAUGGCCAACUUGGCUCUUGCUGACCUGCUUUUUGUUAUUUGGAUGCCUCUCAAAAUUGCUUACCACUUUAAUGGCAACAACUGGACCUAUGGGGAGCCGUUAUGUAAAGUCUUUGUGAGCUUCUUCUACGGGAACAUGUACUGUUCUGUUCUGUUCAUCGCAUGUCUCAGCGUGCAGAGGUACUGGGUCGUGGCUCAUCCCAUGUCUUCACAAAGGAGGAACAACAAAAUUGCUUUGGGUGUCUGUCUGUCUGUCUGGGCUUUCAUUUGGCUCACCACCACUCCUCUGUACCUGUACAACCACACGGCCAAGAUCAAAGACCCCAACAUAACCACCUGCCACGAUGUAAACAUCAUAAAGGACCCCAUGGAUCCAUUCCCUUCUGUCAAGCUCCCGUACUUCUACUUCAUCUUCAUGGGUUUAGUUGUGUUCCUUGUGCCAUGUGUGGUGAUUAUUGUGGCAUAUAUCCUGUUACUGCGGGCUCUGGGGAACACCAUGGAGGAGAGCACAGCGUCCAAGAGCCGACAGAAAGCCGUGGUAUUGAUCAUAAUCGUCCUGGUGACGUUCCUCGUGUGUUUCAUCCCCAGUAACAUCAUGCUGGUGGUGCAUUACUCCCUAUUAAAAGAUGGAGGGAUUAAUAACGGCUAUGGCUUCUACAUCACUACGCUGUGUCUGACGAGCCUCAACAGCUGUUUGGAUCCGUUCAUCUACUACUUUGUUUCGGAUGAAUUUAGAGACCACGUGAAGAACACUCUGUUGUGCAGGAGCAGCAGGACAGUAGAGAGGAUGAGGGUGUCCUUCAGUUCAAUGAAAUACUCCAAGAAAAGCAAGAUUUACGUGUCGGAAACUGGGAACACACAAAGCAGCACCUGUUAGUGAGAAAAACAGGGAAGACGCUCCAACGCUUUCACUCUCGUGUGUUUGACUGGUCUGACACUGUAACACUAGAAUUAACCAGGUGAACAUAAAGCAUCGGAUAACCAAAGAUGAACUUUAAAUGUGAAGAUGACUGCAGUUCAUGGUGUGUGUGACAAACUUUGAACUGCUGCUUUGUGUUACAAUGUGAAACAUUAAAUGCUGUAUAUACGCCUAUUUAAAUAUAAAUCUUUUAAAGACUCACAUUUAGCCAUGUUGGUCUGCAUAUAAUGUUUGAUUAAUCUUUGACUGACUACACUGACCUGCAUUGAAGAUGCGUGAAAGUAAGUUGCAGCCAUCAUGAAACGGUCACAUCGCUCCGAUGUAAGGACAAUUUAUAAAGCAUAAAGUGUGUUUUGUUGCCACAUUCUUGCAGCCAACAAAUGUUUUAUUGUUUCAAAGCUUUCAUGCUAAAUCUUUGGUUUUAUGUUUUGAAGUGAGCAUGAAAAUUGCAAUAUUGUUACAUAUUUUUUUAAAUAAAAGCCAAUGACAGGA